GUUAUUUGCUUUUCAACGACAAUUCCUUUUCAUCAUAAUUACUGAUUGGGGUCCCUUGCCCUUUUCCACUUUGUCAACCUGCACGUUUAGCUUUUCUACAAUGUUUUUCUCUCACAGAGAAAAUACAGUGAGCACACUUGGUCGUAUCGUGCUGAUCAUUUGGCUUUUUGUGGUUCUGAUUAUUAACUCAAGCUAUACUGCAAGCCUGACAUAUAUUCUCACAGUUCAACAGCUUUCGUCACCCAUUAAAGGAAUUGACACAUUGAUAACUAGCACUGAACGUAUUGGCUUCCAGAUAGGGUCUUUUGCGGAAAAUUAUAUGACUGAGGAGCUAAACAUUCCCAAAGAAAGACUUGUUGCCCUUGGCUCACCAGAAGAAUAUGCUACUGCUCUUGAGAAUGGAACUGUUGCUGCAGUGGUUGAUGAACAGCCUUAUGUGGAGCUCUUUCUAUCCGAUCACUGUGGUUUCUCUAUUAGAGGCCAAGAAUUUACUAAAAGCAGUUGGGGAUUUACCUUUCCAAGAGACUCUCCUUUAGCGGUUGAUACGUCAACUGCCAUUCUCACUCUAUCUGAGAAUGGUGAUCUUCAGAGGAUCCAUGACCAGUGGCUGUCCAAAAAGGCCUGUAAUUCCGAGAGCUCAGAUUCUGAGUUAGAUCAGUUUGUUUUAAAGCUUCUGGGGUUUAUUUCUCAUCUUUGGAAUUGCGUGUUUUGUCUCUCUCCUUAUAUACUUUUGCAUGAUGUUGAGACAAUUCAGCCGACAUGUACCUGAAGAACCUGACUCUUCACGUGGCAUCUCCCGUUCUGCCCGACUCCAGGCAUUUUUAUCAUUUGUUUUAAAAAAGUGAUGAAUCAAAAAACAAGUUAAAGAGAAAGCACAGGGAGAUGUCAUCAAGCGGUUAUGGGAAAGAAGAGGAUUAGGAUGAAACUUGACUCCCUUAAAACAGUCUGGUUGCAGCUAGUUUGAUCCAAGUAGCAUCAAUCUCAGGUAGGUUUGAUGGGAACGAAGAUACAUAUUUGAUAUUGCUAUAGAGCAUUAGGAUGAAACUUGACUCCCUUAAAACAGUCUGGUUGCAGCUAGUUUGAUCCAAGUAGCAUCAAUCUCAGGUAGGUUUGAUGAGCUUCUAUUGGUGUAACUCUCACCAGUAUUCCCUUCUUCUGAAUUGCAAUGGUGUAUUCGAAAAAAAAAUUAUAUAAUAUUUCUAUUGAUUAUAAUAGAUCAUGAGGUUGUGUGUUAAAGAAGUUACUCUCCU